AUGGUCCAACUACCAAAUGAUAAUACCUUGCGCGUCGCUAUCAUCGGCGGCGGACCGGGCGGCCUCGCAACCGCCAUCGCUCUCUCAGCUUUAUCAAACGUGCAGGUGCAUGUAACAGUAUACGAGAAGGCUCGUGAAUUGCGAGAAAUCGGCGCCGGUCUGAAUAUCGGAUAUAACUCCUGGCGUGUUUUGGAGCUCCUCGGAGCCAGAAGUGAAGUUAAUGGGCAUUUGAUUGAUGAGGUUCAGCAGCGUAAUGGGCUAGAUGGUAACGUUCUCGCUAAGCGUGGACCCUCAAACUUACCCAUCAAUUAUCAGUCGCGUCGAGUAAGACGGACACAAUUGCAAGGAGCUCUUAUCAAUCAGGUCCCGGCUGGAAUCAUUCAACUACGCAAAGAACUAGUUUUGAUAGAGAACGUACCUGAGGGCGGAGCAAAUUUAAAUUUCUCCGAUGGCACGGAGGCAUUUGCUGACUUGGUGGUCGGAGGUGAUGGCAUUCGAUCGGUCGUAAGGCAAACCGCGUUUCCAGACCACAACAUAAAAUUUACAGGUACAACGAUUUGGCGCACUUUAGUGCCUCGGUCAUUCAUUUCCCACCUUACUGACAUCCCAACUUGCACAUCUUGGUGGCAUGGUACAGCGGGCCACGUUUACUUCUCGCCGGUAGAUGACCCAUCGGAAAGAAUCCCCGAGAAUCAAGAUGUUGAAAUAUCAGCGCGGUUCCUUGUUGAUCCCGAGACUGACACAGCCAAAAGAUGGAAUUGGGGUGUUGAUACGACGAACGAGAAUGUUGAGGCGCAUUUUACGAACUACGACGCCAGGGUGAGAGAAGCUCUCUCUCACGUCCCCAAAGGUUCAUGGAAGGAGUUCUCUGCCUUCGCUGGUCCACGAUUGAACAAACUACAUGCAUGGAAUAAACUCGUCUUGAUAGGCGAUGCAAGUCAUCCUUUAACUGGUGCAUUUGGUUCCGGCGCUGCAUUCGCAAUGGAAGAUGGCUGGAUUCUCGCGCGAAGCAUUGAAUAUGUAUUCUCUACUCUUGCAACGAAGCAAUCAUCAUUUUCGAAACAAAAUGGUCUUGAGGAAGUGUUGAGUAUUUUUGACACGAUUAGAUCCCCGUACUAUGCGCGCAUGUAUCAACAUCUCGAUAACAUGAAAGCCAAAUUUGCUGGAGUCGUCGAUACCUUCGAAGGCAGACUUCAAGCAAGAAUUGUAGCUUUUAGCGAAGGAGGUCUUGAUUGGAUUUAUCAGAAUGAUAUCGAGCAGGUGUGGAAGGAAUGGCUCCAACAAAACGAUACUUCUAUUGCAGGCCAAGGAGACGCAUUGUUUGUGAGCUCUAGUCUUUAG